AUGGAAAACACGGGCAAAAAGAAGGUUAACGAAAAGAAAGGGAAAAAAAAAACGAACGAUGUUAAGGAGCGGAUACUGAGCGGGCGAUCCGUUCUGUGCUUCGACGAAGAAAUUGAAUUCGACAAAUGCGGUCCCGCCAGUGCAGAAAUAGAGACCAAAAAGAAAGGCUCAAAAAAAACGACGCAAGGGAAAAAAGAUGAGACACACAAAACCUCAAAUGAUAAAAAAAAAAUAAAGGAAAGUAAAGGGAAAAAAAAAGGUUCAGAAAAUGGCAACAAUAAUAACAGUAAAGAUAAUGACGGUGCAGACGAAAUGGAUGUUUACACAAAUGUAGAUAAGGAUGGCUCAUCGAAUUUAGACCAAGACCAUGUGUUUUACGAGCUAGACAGCUCCACCAACAGUUCUUCAAUCCUCAGGACUCAGAAAAAUAAUAUCGAAUUGAAAAAAAAGAGUUCGUCAAAAUUUAUAAAACUACAAAGUAUUAACAAUGGUGAAGUGUUGAGUGCAGAAAAUAAUGAACAACUAAAUAAAUGGAUCGAAACUUUGCCAAGUAUCAAUUCCGAAAUUGGAAGUUUACUGAAUAAUCAACUUCCUUGUUACAGUAUCCUUAACAAUGUUAAAAGAAUCAACAAAAUAAAAAGUAUCGCUUAUAAUGAGAAUGAAGAUGAUGAAAUGUUGAACACUAUUGAAAAAUCUAGUAUUAUGUUUAAUUCUAUAAAACUCAGCACAAAGGAAAAGUACAUCAUCAGAUACCUUUGUGAAGGGUCCUCCCACACAUUAUCCGAGUUGGUCGAAUUAUUAUUUUACGUCCUCAACAAUGAUGAAAUAGUACGUGAUAAGUUCCCUAUAAACACCGCACCCAGUUCUGAUAAGGCAGGAGACAACCCUACUUUUGCGCUGAACGAACAAGAUAAAAACAAAAGCGGGGAAGAGAACGACAUGUCGUUGAAGGGAUCUAACGAAAAUGAACAAAGUCACCAAAAUCAAUGCCACCAAUCGAUGGAUAAUUUCUCCGAUGAGGAGUACUACUCUGAGGAUACUGAGAAGAAAAACUAUAACAUCCAUAUCAGUAGGGAGGACCUCCUCGCAAGCAUCCCCAUUCUACUCAGCAGGAAAAGUCUAGGAGAUAAUAUGAAAAAAAUGAAUGUCAGUAAACAUGAAAAUAACGAAAAGGAAUGUCUAUGGGUUUGGGAAAAUGACAACUACGACAUAUUCCCUUCGUACUAUAAAGAAGUAUUUAAAUACUUCAAAGAGUUCAGAAGUAACUUAAGCAAAAUAUAUAAAACUUUAGUCAAAUUAAAAAAUUCCAUUCUGAGUAGGGAUCUACAGAGCAUCAUCAAAAUACAUGAUUAUUUAAAUGAGCUAAAAAAGAAACAAUAUUUCGAAUCUGAAAAAAGAUGCAAAAAAAUUCUAAUUGAAAAAAAAAAAAUCAUCAAAAAAAAAAUGGAUGUGAAAAAACUAGAGGAAAAGAAAAAAAAAAUAGAAGACGCCAAAUUUUUGGAAGAAAAAAAAAUCGCAACUAUUACCAAGUUGGACAGCACUGUACCACAGAAUAAGACUGAAGAGAAAAAGCCCAAGCAGCAGAACUUAAUACUGUCAUGGCUUACAAUGAAAAAAAAUCAGGCAGUAAAUUCUGCCAAUUCGAAUGAAAACUCAGAACAAGUCAUUAAAUACCCAAUCGCCAAUGUCCUCAGUUUUAACGAAGCCCUCCGGGACAAAUUGUUGGAAGCCCAAAACCAGUUACCCAUAUUCACGUGCAACCGAACGGGCCCCACAGAGUCGAGUCAUAUAUUUAAAGGCAGUUGCAGUUUCGAUAAGCAAAAACUUCUCGCGGACUACGAGAACAUAUGCGAAAGUCACAAAAGGACAGUUGUGGAUUACUUCAAAGUAUAUGUGGACAAUAAGGAAUUCGUUGAGGAAAUCCCGUCGGUUGACAGCAUUGAUGGAAGCAAGUUAAUCAUACAGAAUGAAAAGGGAGUGAGAUCCAAGCUUUGGGAAGACAACGAAUUUUACUCCAAGCUGAAAAAUUCGCACUACAUCAGGACCUUCUAUUUCUACGACAAUUCGUGGACUAGGCCAUACAUGUCCCUCCUGGUGCAUAAAGUUUUAGACGACAACAUCAAUUUGCUCCCUUAUUAUUACAAUGAUGACAUGGAAUAUGAGAAUGACACGAAUGAGGAUUACUACGAGAAGUUUGAGACCAUUGAUCUUACAACGGAGAAUGAGGAAAACGAAACGGAAAGUGAUGGAAGCUCUCAAGACAUGUUCAUCGUUCCAGAUAAUGAACUGAAUAGGGACAUCGACAUAACGCCAAUAACAGUGCCAACCAGUCAGGACAUUCACUUCUUCUCAUUGUUUAAUUGGGAGUGGAAAUUUGAAGGGAACCCCAAGCGCAAUUACGACAUAAUUAACAAAGACACGUGGAAGGAGUUCAACCUGAUAUACAAGGAGAACAUUUACGGAUGCCAGUACAUGUCUUGGGGAAAAGAGAAUAACCCCUUCAUAUACCUCUCCGAAAGGAACAAUCCGAAAAACACUUUGGACAAUUAUGAUAUUAAGAAAUUAAUAAAGCAUUCUCAUGGGAAGGCAACGAAGAAGGAUGUUCUAGUGGACCAGUUCAAGCUCAAAAAUGAGCACCUAACGAAGGCCGAUACGGAGCGCAAGUUCAAGACUUAUUUGGUGUACAAAAAGUGCGAGGAUAACAGAAAGAAAUGGAUGGCCUCGGAAGAAGGAAUUAAAUUAUUUAAGAACGAACAACUGCUGUCCAAAAUUUAUGACAUCCGCAAAAGAAAGCUAAACCUAAUUACACAAAAAAUGGAACAAGCAAAGAGACAAAAACGAAUGGACAGAGAAAAUUUAAAAAAGGAAGAGAAAAUAAAAAGGAAAGAAAAAUCAUAUCAAGCAAAAUUAUUAAGUAAGGACAACAUGAAAAAAGAAGAAGCACUAAAGGACCCAGAAAAAUUGGAAAAGAAGGAAACGAUUACGAAGAAGGAGGGGGCAAAUAUUGUCCAACUGAUAUGUUCAAGUAGCUCCCUCACUGGUACCAAGACUGUAAAGAAGUGA